AUGGGAAGCGUGCAUCAUCACCCCAUAAGGAUCCCUGGGUUCCAGCUUGGGACAAUCCUCAAUCACCACAUAUUUGGCAACGGCAGAAUCGACAUUGUUGUGACGACUGCGGACGUCUACACCAAUUCGCCUUGUCUCAAGUAUACCGAAGAGAUAUGGGCCUGGUACAACCGAGUCAAUUACGAUGGUGUCAUGUGGACAGCUCGGAUUGCCGGAAAGAUCUUUAAGAAUAAUCUGCUCAUCACGGCUUCCGUGAGCUCCAUUCUGGUCAACAUCCCUCAGACGCAGGUUGCGUACAAUGCCUCCAACGCUGCGGUUGUGCACCUUACAAAGAUCUUGGUCAUUGAGUGGACAGAGUUUGCCCGUAUGGACUGCAUCUCUUCCGGUUUUAUGAUGACAAAGAGCAACCAACUUCGUAUUCCAGUGCUGACCCAGCAGCCAAAGGAACUUUUCGACAAAUGGUUGGGAAUGAUCUCAGGAGGCCAAAUCUGCGAUCCGGUCGAGCUGACGGGGGUAAGUCCCGUCCGGUAUCCCGGUUUGAAAAUGUCGCAUACUAAUAUUUCCUUUUAGGCCUAUGUGUUCCUUGCACCCGGAGAAGUGUAUCCAGCACAAUUGCGAGAGGUGCAAAAGAAUGCCAUACAAGGAACACUGAACAUGUAUGAAGCAGUCUCAUAUGGUGAGAUAUGUACAUUCAGUCUAGAACGUAUGGGCCUUCUAUAAAUCCUGCGUUGCCAAUGACCUCGGAAUAUCCACAAGCAGACGUGGUGUGUAAAAGCAUUACCUAGAUCAUCCAAGCGGUAUCAACUUCUCAGCCUCAAAUUUAGGAAUAUUCUG